AUGGAGGUCAAAGUUGAUAUGACGAUUACUUGGGUGAUUAAAAAUUUCUCUUCUUUGCAAUCAUUUUAUUCUGAUAAUUUCGUUGCUGGUGGCUGCAAAUGGCGUCUCUGGGCCUUUCCCAAAGGGAAUAAGAGUGCUCAUCAUUUUUCUUUGUAUCUAGAUGUUUCUGAUAAAGAAUCUUUGCCUAUUGGAUGGAGAAGACACGCUAAAUUUUCUCUAACUGUAGUAAAUAAAUACACAGAAAAACUCUCCCGGCUAAGAGAGACUCAGCACUGGUUCGAACAUAAAGCUCCUAGUUGGGGGUUUUCAGAAUUGAUUUGCCUCACCGAACUUAAUGCCAAAGAGGGAUUUCUGGUGAAUGGAGAUCUCACAGUUGUUGCCAAGAUAGAGGUUCUUGAAGUUGUUGGAAAAUUAGAUGUAUCAGAGGAAUCUUCAUCCAUAAUGGAAACCGUAGAUGUCAAUGGAUUUCAAGUUCUGCCUUCACAGGUAGAGUGCGUGAAGCGUUUUUUUGACAGACACCUAGCUAUUGCAUCCAAAUUUCGACCAAAGAAUCCAUACCUGAAGACGGCCUACAUGAAUUUCCUUCUUAACUUAACCCAAACGCUGAGUCAAUCUCCUCAAGAACUCUCCAAUGAUGAUCUCUCUGACGCAGGCGCUUCUCUGGCCUAUUUGAGAGAAGCAGGGUUUGAGUUGGAUUGGUUGGAGAAGAAACUUGAUGAAGUAAAGGAAAAGAAGAAGAAAGAAGAGGCUUGUUUGGCCCGGCUGCGAAAUAUGGACGAAGAGCUUCAGCCCUUUAAGAAGAAGUGCUUAGACCUUGAAGCUCAGAUAGACAAGGAGAAGAAAGAGCUAUUAGCUGCUAGAGCUCCUCUCUCCUUGUACGAUGACAAUGUUGUCUGAUUUUAUUUUUUGCUUAGGUUUUGGUGUUUUGAUUUCGGAAUUGAGAGCUCUCUUAAUGUUGACACGUUUUG